CGGGCACUGGCGAUGUUCCACGCGCACAUGUAAUGUUUUGUGUCAGAUGCGGGGUCGAUCCUUGGACACACUCAACCCUAACCAGAGGGCCACUAAUCUAUCGAAUACAUUUUCCUUUCGCCAAUCAUUGUCGCGCCUGACGCGUCUAAUCGCGACUCUGCACGAUGGAUACAACGGCCGAAGAUUCCGUGGAGCAGCUUGUCACCACAUGGAUAGUUUCCGAGAGGGAUGAGGAGAUCGCGUCAGCUGUCGAAGUUGUCUCCAAUGGCCGUCUGCUCGCCGUCGUCAAGGCUCUUGGACCCUAUUUAACUUCAGAGACGGACGAUCUCAGGUCAAAGGGCGUCGAUUUUCUCGCUACUGUAGUCGCCAGAUGUCCAGAAAACACUCUCAACCGACAAGCCGUGAAAGUGCUCUCCACCUUCUUCUGUGACAAGCUCGACGACACCGAAACCAUCGUUCCCGCACUGAAGGGCCUCGCCAGCCUCCCGGCAAUCUGCAGCUCUGCAGAUGCAGUGAUGAUUCUGAAAGCGCAAGUAGCCAAUGUCUUCGCCCAUGUCCGCAUGCGGGUGCUCGUCCAGUCCGUCCGAUUCCAUGUAUUCUCGAUCAUGCAAGGGCUUCUUGCGCAUCAUAAAGAAACGCUCAAGCAGGAGGACGUUGUUGCGCCUUACAUCACUCUCGCGGAAGGGGAGAAGGAUCCACGGAAUCUGCUGGUCGCAUUUUCGAUUGUCCGGACUCUUCUGCGCGAAUUUGACGUUGGGAGUAAGCAUAUGGAAGCCAUGUCGAACAUCGUCUUCUGCUAUUUCCCGAUCACGUUCCGGCCACCCGCAAACGACCCGUACGGAAUCACCCCGGAUGAUUUGCGUCUUGCAUUGAGACAGUGCAUGGCUUCGGAUCCGGCUUUGGGGCCGUACGCAAUUCCAAUCUUCCUAGAAAAGCUUGCCGCAGGUUCUCCCGCAAUUAAGCGCGACACACUACAAUCGAUGACGGAGUGCUUCACAGCAUACGGUGCCAGUGCCCUGCGGCAGUUUUCCCGAAAACUUUGGAAUUCUAUCAAGCUCGAGGUAUUCCACCCGACAGAUCGGACCACGGAAGAGCUGGCGCUGUCCACCAUGCAAGUAUUGAUCGUAACUCUCAACUCGGAUGACGACGACGACAAGCUGGCACAUGACGCAUGCGAGGAGUGUAUCGGAAUACUGCGGGAGCCAGAGAAGAAUCAAGCAAAGCACGCGAUGAAAGUCCUGUGUGCUUUCUUAUCAACGACGCCUUCCGUGGCUCGGUACACACUGUCGAAUGUCAUUCCUCAUCUUUUGAAGUUGCUCUCGGAACCCCGAGAGGCUACAGCUCGCCCUUCGACAUUCCUCCUGCUUUCUGAUCUGAUCGCUGCUGCGCGCGACUCCAAAACGAGUGCUCUGGCAGAGUACAAAGACGAUGUUUUGGGCGCAUUGAUCUCCGGGAUCGGGACAUCGAGCACAACGCGGCCCGUACUGGCUGGUUUGACCGGGUUGGUAUCGACACCCGAUCUACUUUCGGACCAAGAACUCGGCUACGUCGUGCUCAAAGCAAACGAGACGCUGCUGAAAUGUCUGGAGGAAGAACAGGGCGAUGAAGGCAAUGCGAUCCUCAAGCUUCUCAUGACAGUAGCGUCAAAGGCUCCACUGCAUGUGCGAGACCAAACACUGCCGCUCUUGCUCGCCAUUCUCCCCGAAUCUGUUCCCGAAAAAGAGGAAGAUUUCUGGCGAUACCAAACAACCCUGGAUGCUUUGGCGACUGUCAGUGGUCCAGCGCCCAUCUUCACCGCCCUCGUCGAAGCGAUAACCCCUCGGCUGUUUGCCGUAAGCACUACCACAGAACUGGGCGCAGCAUACUUGCACGCGCAGUUGCAUGCGAUCAAACGCGUGUUAUCCGAGAACGACGAUGCCUUUGUAGCUUCGCUGGUGUCGGCGGUUUUCUCGCUGUGCCUGCGUUCAAGGCAUCCGCGAGUCGUCCUGAUCAGCGGGGAGAUUGUGUCGUUGACGGUGCAGAGAAUGACCACAGAGCAGCAACAAGAGUUUGCAUCUCUGCUCUUUCCCGCAUUCUUGUGCGGAAAGAUCGCUGCGGUUUGUGCUGGCGAAUAUCCUGCUCCAGAAACGCCGUUUUUCCCAUUCUCCACGCAAGCGAGCAAUGAUGAACGGAAUCUCUAUGUUCUUUUUGAGGCAGCGCUCGUGCCACUUCGGCAGCAAGUGGUCCUCGACGACGAUCUGAAUGUCAGCCUCGAGACUAUUCUAGUGCAAGGCAUGAUGCAUGCAAGCACGGAUCGGCAGCUGGAAGCUGUUGUGCGAAUUGUGGGGUCGGUUUUGAAUAAACAUGCCGAUGCUUUGAGUUCGUUCCUGGAGCACAAGAACACUGCGUUCUGGUCGAGUCAGGUGCUCAACACUGGUCGCUCAGUCGAGGAGAGGCGGGAUGCGAUUCGAGUGUGGACCUGGAUCUGUAAAGCGCUGAUCGUUCGGAAUCACGCUUUGGCGCUGGAGUUUGUCGACCGUUUGUUCGACGUCUUCAGUGACGAAGCGAUCGCUGUGUUUGCGGGCAAGGCCAUCGGUCAGAUUGCGGCGACGGAUCCAGUUCUGACGAAGAAGAACGGGGCAGUUGUCAAGUUCCUGUGGUCACAAAAGUUCGCUGUGGGGAUGUUGCCUCGUUUGAUGGAAGGCAAAGACAACGCGCAUUUGAUCGCCCUGACUUCAUUAGUGCAGGCGGUGCCGUACACAGUUUACGCUCACGAGAUGGGGCGACUGCUGCCAUUCCUCCUGCGCGCGCUUGCCAUCUCCGACGCGCAGAUUCGGCUGGGCGUACUGGAGACUCUCCUCGUGACUGCCCAGAAGAACUCCCUCUCAGAGCAUGCUGUCUCUCUCACUAGACACGCUCUCGAGUCUGUCCAGCCCGCACAGCUCAAUCCACCGUCAACCCGAAUAGCUGCCCUUCGACUGCUGGCUGUGUUGCCCAGCACUGUGUCCUAUGACGUGCUGCAUCCGGUCAAGUCUGAAGUGCUUCGUGCUCUCUCUAAGGCGUUGGAUGAUCCGAAACGGGCAGUGAGGAGACAGGCUGUUGAUACGAGAGAAGUAUGGUUCAAAUACACCGGUUGAAUGAAUCGUGUUGCGAGACUGCUCGAGAAAGUCGCGCGGAAGGAGUUCUCGGGCA